UCAAUAAACCAGUCAGGUUUCGUUUCAUACUUCCACCCGAGUCAUAAAAAGCAGCUGCUUGUACUGCAGAGUCAUUAUAGCAUCAUGUUUUCAUGGGGAGAGGACUGGCAGCAGGGCUUUCGCUUGAAAAGACCCUCAAAUAUUUCAACUGCUGAUGGAGUACGCUGUUUAAACCUCAGUUUUCAAGUCACAGAUCUUUCAGCAGGUCACAGACUGCUUGCCUUCAUUAAAAGAAAUGGGGAUGCUUACAUCAUUCACACAGUUGAGAGCCAAGAUGAGGGAAGAGUGAGAGGGAAACAGAAGAUUGUGAAAUGCGAAGAGAAGAUUGAGGCUGUGAGUUGUGGUGAAGAUGUGGUGAGGAUUCUGUCUGAAAGUGGCAUCGUUUUUUGUGUGGAUCAAGCUCGCCCUCCUUUCAGUCCCAGCACACCAGAAGCAUUGGGCAGCAAACAGGUGUCUCAGGUGACUUGUGGGAGCCAGCAUACAGUCGUUCUGACAAAAGAUGGUCAGUUGUAUACUUGGGGCCAGGACUCCAGGGGGCAGCUGGGUCUGGGCACAAACAAGCAAUACGUGAAUUCACCCCAGCAUGUCAGAUCUUUGUCAGCAAUCCCAGUGGUCCAGGUCGCUGCAGGUGGAGAGCAGAGCUUCGCCCUCUCUGUCUCUGGAGGAGUGUUUAGCUGGGGCAGAAAUGACUGUGGACAGCUUGGACUGGGUGACACACAAGACAGACAUACACCGACUCUGGUUCAUUACCUAAACAUGAAGAAAACUGUUUCCAUUUCCUGUGGAAAGGACCACACUGCCGCUCUGACAAAGGACGGUGCAGUGUUUACAUUUGGCUCUGGUCAAUAUGGACAGCUCGGCCACAACUCGUUACAAAAUGAACAGCGUCCUCGGCUUGUUGCAGAGCUCUGGGGGGCAAAGGUCACAAAGGUUGCAUGUGGGAGCUAUCACACACUGGUACUGACAGAAUCCAAGAAGGUGUACUCGUUUGGGUGUAAUGAACAAGGGCAGCUGGGACGUGGAGAAGAGACUCGGGCAUCAGUGCCACUACCUGUGCAACUGCCACAUGACAUUUCUAACAUCUAUGCAGGAGGAAACACUUCAUUUGCAACAUGCACGCCUAAUGAGGGCGCUGAUAACGAGUCAGGCAGUGGCACAAAGAACAACGUGACAGAACACUCUAUCGAUAACAUGAUUGACAAAUGGAUCUCUGCAUAUAAUCCAAAGCUGUGGAAAAAUCUAAAAGAGGAAAUUCACAGGAUGCUCACAUCUCCAUCCUGUGUGAAUCAAAGCUUUCUUGACAGGAGCAAAGAUAAACAUUUCCAAACGUCACCAACGUACUCCGGUUUGGACUUGUCACUUGCACGGCGAAGUUUUGAGAAGCUGGUGAUGCGAGAUGUUGUUUUUGCAGAGCAGGCUGAGACUGCUGUUCUGCAGCUGCUUCCAUCUGUUGAUAUGAACCCCGUGGGAGUGGAAGAAUUAAGGAUCUUCAUGCUUCUCAAUGAACUUCUACAUGCAUGCAUACAGAAAUGCAGAUGGCAACAGAGCAAAAAGCUUGCUGAUGCAGUCGCUGCUACCAUGCAACGACUCCCCGAUGCAAGCGUACAGAUUUUAGGGGAAUGGUGGUCCUCACUGUCACCCUCCGACAUGAUCAGAUAUGUUCAGGUGUGGAAGAGGGCCCUCUCGUGGAUCAAGAUCUUUAAGUCUGCUUCUUGCAACUCUCAAGCCAGAAACAUACUGCUAAUCCUCCAGCAUAUGUACCACACCAAUGAGAUAAACAUGAAAAUCCCAGAAACAACUUUUUGCCUUGAGUUUACCCCGAUGUUUCUAAUGGAGGAUCUCAAACAUUGGCGCACAAAGUCAAAACUCAAGAAUGCAGAUGAUCUGCCUGUGAUUCUUUGCAAGUACCCAUUUCUGAUGGAUCUGAAAUCAAAGAAAAUGGUUUUUGACAUGAAUUCUGCAAUCACUCAGAACGAACAGCAGGCGCCUCCACAGAUGGCUUUUGUUGUUCCUUACGGAUGGAUUCCCCAGCCAAAUCAAAAAAAAUUUAAACUGAGGGUGCAGCGUGCGUCUCUUUUAGAAAGCACCUUCAGAGAGCUGGCAGCUGCUCCUCACAGCGACUUCAAGAAGCAACUUGUGGUCUUCUUUGAUGGAAAUUAUGCAGUUGAUGAUGUCAACAAGAAAGACUUUUUUUAUGAAGUCUUUCAUGAAUUGAUGUCAGUUGAAUCUGGGAUGUUCGUGUUCAAUGACUCUAAAACACUGGCAUGGUUCUCCUCUGAAGUAACUCAGGAUGACCAGCAUUUCUUCCUGUUUGGCGUUCUGUGUGGAUUGGCCUUGUACAACAAUUGUAUCAUUCACUUACCCUUCCCACUGGUUCUCUUCAAGAAGCUGCUUGAUGUAAGGCCUUCAAUGGAGGAUUUAAAAGAAUUCAGCCAAGUUGGAGAGAAGGAGUUUGUGGAUGCCUAUGUGAAUCAUGCCUUCAACACAUCAGUGGAGAAUGUGUUUCAGGAGUUCAAGAGAGGCUUCUUCCUGGUGUGUGAGCGGGAUUUGGUGAAACUCUUCAGGCCAAAGGAGCUGCAAGAAGUGAUGGUGGGCAAAGACUUCAGUGACUGGGAAAAGCUGAAACAGAACACACAUUAUGAAGGUGAAUACAGCGCAGACCAUCCCACCAUACAGAUGUUUUGGGAGGUCUUUGAUGAACUGACUGAGAAUCAGAAGAAAGUUUUCCUUUGGUUUGUGACAGGAUUUGACCGGGUGCCUAUUCUCGAUAUGGACAAAAUCAAGAUGCAAGUCAAAGUUAAAGAAGUCGAGGACCUCUCCUAUGACCUCUACUAUCCUGAGACUCACACUUGCUAUACAAUUUUAGAGCUGCCAUUAUAUUCAGCUAAGGAGAUAAUGCAAACCAAACUCACAGAGGCUCUGAGCAACAAUAAGUGGAUCCAUAAGUGAUCAACAAUAAAUGACAAUAUUUUUACUGUACUGAACAGAAGACAUAACAUUGUAACACUGAAAGGGGCGAAUCUAAAGAAAUUUUCUUAAGGUGGCAUGGAAAUCAAAUAGGGUGGCAAAAUUACACAUAUCCAGGUGUUACAUUCCAUAACAGGCAUUUUAUAUGGUUAAAAUACAUCAAAUGCAGUAAGUGUACACAUGUUUCAUAUAAAUAUACUUUGUAACUUUCUAAUUUCCUUUAAUCUACAUAAUUAAACCUCUGGGGUCCAGGGUAUAAGUUUUGACUACUUUUGAUUUGACCUCUAUAUUUCACCUUUAAAAACUGUUCAUCUUGCCUUGUUUG